AAACCGCCCUCGAUCGAUUGCUUCAGAGCCUAAUUUUACCACGAGCCCCGCCGCAGUUAAUAUAUCCUUGAAAAUUUCUACCAAAAAUGAGCCAAAUCCAGUACUAAAAUGUUAAUUAGGAGUUAGUUUUAAAAUGUGCAAAUUUAUUAUGUGAUUAAAAUUAUUGUGAAAAUGUGGCCAGCUAAUUGAUGUUCAUACUAGAUAUCAGGUUUCAAUAUGACCUUAAUCAUCCUGUGGUCCCUGCUGGUGCUGACCCAGGGGGUGCCACAAAAGCCAAACCUGGAUGCGAUCCUCAACCGUCGCACCGAUGUCUACAUAGCAGGGUUUUUUCCCUUUGGGAAAGGAGUGGAGAACUCAAACACUGUAGGUCGAGGCGUGAUGCCGAGUGUAAAGUUGGCGCUGGACCACGUCAACGAACAUGACACGGUGCUUCGGAACUACAGGCUGCAUAUGUGGUGGAAUGACACCGAGUGUAAUGCAGCCGUUGGAGUGAAGUCAUUUUUUGACAUGAUGCACAGUGGUCCACAUAAGCUUAUGCUGUUUGGGGCCGCUUGCACACACGUAACAGAUCCAAUAGCUAAGGCCUCUAAACAUUGGCAUCUUACUCAGCUGUCAUACGCAGACACACAUCCAAUGUUCACAAAGGAGGCGUUUCCCAACUUUUUCCGGAUUGUGCCCUCUGAGAAUGCAUUUAAUAUACCUCGCAUUCGCCUGCUAGAGCAUUUUAACUGGACCAGAGUGGGGACUUUAUAUCAAAACGAACCUAGAUAUGCAUUGGCCCACAAUCGCCUUCUAGCCGACUUAGACAAUGGAAGCUUCGAAAUAGCAGAGACUCAAAGCUUUGCGACCGAAGUUCGAACGGCGCUUAAUAAACUGAAGGAGAAAGACAUCAGAAUAAUUUUGGGAAACUUCAACGAAACCUGGGCAAUGAAGAUAUUCUGUGAAGCUUACAAGUUAGAAAUGUAUGGCCGAGCCUACACUUGGCUCCUCUUAGGUACAUAUAGCCAUAGGUGGUGGCAAAGAAAAGCGCCGUGCCCGCAAGAAGAGUUGACUACUGCGUUGGAUACAGCGAUACUUACCGAUCUAUUACCACUGUCUACUACUGGACAGACUACCGUUUCUGGUAUUACGGCAAAAGAUUACCAAGUGGAAUACGAUCGAAGAAGAGGCAUCGAAUAUUCUCGCUUCCAUGGCUACACAUAUGACGGUAUUUGGGCUAUGGCUCUGGCCAUUCAAAUAGUGGCACAUCGUGUAAAGAUCAAAUACAAGGAGAGGACUGUACAGGAUUUCAAGUAUAGAGAUAAGGAAUGGGAGCAGCUAUUCUUAGACGCUCUUACUAAUGUUACCUUUGAAGGAGUCACGGGCCCAGUGCGCUUUUACGAUAACGAGCGCAAAGCGUCCAUACUAUUGAAACAGUUCCAAGGAGAUAUGGUGGGAGAAAUAAAGGUUGGGGAGUACUGUGCUGAAAGAGAUCACCUGGAUUUGAGUAGUGGCGAUCCCUUUAAAUGGAUAGGAAAAAAUCCACCAAAAGAUCGAACGUUACGCCUGAUAGAGCACACGCAAGUGAAUCUUACAAUCUACAUUGUUCUUGUGUCAUGUUCCUGUAUUGGUAUUUUGUUGGCGACAGGAUUCUUAGCUAUGAAUAUACACUAUAGAAACCAAAGGUACAUAAAAAUGUCAUCCCCUCAUCUAAAUAACCUUAUCAUCAUAGGCUGUAUGCUCACCUAUCUCAGUGUGAUCUUCCUUGGCUUGGACUCCAGCCUCAGCAGCAUAGGUCUUUCUCAGGAACUAUCGCGUGGAGCGGCCUUUCCGUACAUUUGCACGGCCAGAGCAUGGUUACUGAUGGCUGGCUUCAGCCUCGCCUUCGGAGCCAUGUUUUCCAAGACCUGGAGGGUCCACUCUAUAUUCACAGAUGUUAAGCUUAAUAAAAAGGUGAUAAAAGAUUACCAAUUGUUUAUGGUGGUCGGAGUGCUACUGUGCGCUGACUUGGCCAUAAUGCUGACGUGGCAAAUAUCUGACCCUUUCUACCGAGCUACUAAACAAAUGGAGGCCUAUCCUCACCCAUCGAGUGAAGACAUCGUAAUCGUACAAGAGAAUGAGUACUGUCAAUCUGAACGGAUGCCAAUUUUCAUUGGAGUCAUCUAUAUUUAUAAAGGACUGCUACUGGUGUUCGGCGCAUUCCUAGCAUGGGAGACAAGACAUGUUUCGAUUCCUGCUUUAAACGACUCAAAGCACAUCGGUCUAUCUGUUUACAACGUGCUUAUUAUGUGUAUCAUGGGGGCUCCCAUUGCUUUGGUGCUUGCAGAUCACAAGGACGCGUUGUUCGUGUUAAUAUCAAUAUUCAUCAUCUUCUGUACAACUGGUACUCUUUGUUUGGUCUUCGUUCCAAAGUUACUGGAACUCCGACGUAACGGACAACCGGGCGCGCAAGGUACGCGUAUACGUGCGACUCUAAAGCCCGCUGCACACGAAGUUCGUUCGCCCGGACCCGAGCUUGAAAGACGGCUUAAGGAGUUACGACAGUAUAAUAACAGAUAUCGACGGACUCUACAGGCUAAGGAAACUGAAUUACAGAUGCUACUAAGUAAGUUAGGAGAUGAUGGCGACUCAAUUCGAGACAAGUCCCCAGCUACACAGCGUACAAAGCUACAUUUACCGAAAGAAAAUAUCAGCCAUCCAGAGACGAGUGAUAUAACGUCUACGUGCAGUCUUAGCGCAUCGGCUGGAGGAGAGACUGACUAUAAUUUACAGACUACGCUGCCUAAUGACAAACCAAAACCAAUUGUCCAAGACACGUUAAAGGAAACCAAAGAGCCGAAAAAAGAACAGACGAAGAACGUGUCCUUUAAGAACCACUUGGACUACACAAGCCCACCGCCUUCUAAGGCAGUACCAGAGAAGGACCAGCUCGCAAAAUUACCUUAUGGAUGGUCUACUUCCGAGGACCAAGAAGUGCCCAAACCUAUAACUAAAAGCGAGCCAGCUAAAGCCGAAGCGAAGACCAUCCCGGCUCUGAAGCUGAGCGACACGCCCACAGUCAAGUCAGUGCCUGCCAAAGUUCAGGAACCAAUGUACACUAAGGCAGCUACGCCUAAAGUUAAUAAGACCCCAGAACUUCAGAAGAAACAUGUAAAGAACCCGGACGGUAUGAAAACUCCGCCACGGGACAUCAAACCACGAGGUCACCGGCGCAUGUCCAGUUCUGGUCACGUGCUUUUGACAGACCUGAUGAGGGUCUCCAUGGAUGAUCAGGAACCGCCGCCAGGGUUAGAGCGGAAGGUUAUUGGCCAAGAGAGAGAUCCACCGAUACCCCCAAAGCCGAAACAAGAACCAGAGGAUAUUUUAGACUUAGACAUGGAUUACUCUUCGAUGGAGAGGAGGAAAUCUUGCCAAAGAAGAGAUUCCGAAAGGAGAAAGAAAGAAAACUACAUAGUUGUGCAAAGUGAUCUAUGGGAUACAAAUACUUUCCAAUAUACCUGCCAGAAGCCGCCGCAACCAACGCAUGCACAUUCACCCAUACAACGAAGUGUGUCUGAGAAAAGUCGUCAACAACCAUCGCCACGACACCACAAAGAUCCUGAUAAAAGCCUCGAAAGGCGGGCCUCUAACGCUUCAAUUAAUCAUACCGUACCUCGAGGCGGGACCCCAGAAGGAUAUCGGGAAGCGGAAACACUACGUUCGUCUGAUCGACUAACUAAGCGACGCGGGUCAGAGUUUCCUCAACCAGUCAGUACUCCACCUCAUCAACUUAGUGCUAAAAGGAGACAAUCUACAGCUCAGAUGAGGUAUCAAGAAGAAAACCCAGAAAUAAUAGAAAAGACAAAAGAAGUACGAAAAUCCGAAAAGUCUGAUGUAAGCAAGAGUAUUCAAGAUACUGCUUGGAAACCAGAGCCAGAUACCAUCAGGGUGUCCAAAGUGACGUAUUGUACAGGGCAAGAGUCUCCAGCCAAACGACUCCGUCAAGAAGCAGAACCUUUGAAGCGAGACUCGCAGAAACUAACGCAGCCUGCGCCUGCACCUCCCACGCAGAGACCGCACCAUCACAAGAGCAGCCCCAACGUGGCUGCUAGGAAGUGUGAAUCACCAAAAAGACGCGAAGAACGCAAAUCGGCGUAUUCCCGCACCGAGUCAAAACGACAGGAAUCCGGCGAACGCAAGAUGUACGCGGCGAGCAGCGAGUCGGAACUGUUUGAAUACGCCAUUUUACCAAUUUUCCAGAAAUUACUAACGGAAAGACAUAAGAGCCAGCCACAUGGACUCAAUCUAACGUAUGGCAUGAGUUGUCCUAAUAUAUCUAUUAAGUGCGAUAUUGUUGAGUAUCUAUAGGUAAAAGUUUGUUGACCUUCAAUUUAAAAAAAUGUUUUUACGGGUAUCGUUUAUAAAAUACAGAUUUACCAGCUUAAAACGCGUUUAAAUAAAAUUUUUG